CCGGGCCAUUGCCUAAGUCAGACGGUAUCAGACUAGGUUUCAGUUCUGAGAUUCAGUUAGUGUCGACGAACCUCUUCUUCCCAAACCUUUCUGGAUUAUUUGUAAGCUGACACGGACUCCUAAAAGUCUCAGCCAAGGCAGCGAGAGCGAAGUCAUGGACAUUUCGUCGAUUGGAUACGCCACUUUGGCUGCAAUCCUCGCCCCCGCCUUCCUGCUACUUGUGGUCUACAUACGAGGAAUCCUCUACCGUCGAAAAGCUGCCGUGGCUAACUUGGACCACGUCCGUUUGGAAGGGAGGACUGUAAUCAUCACGGGAGCUUCAGCAGGCAUAGGAAAGGAGACAGCCAGAGACUUGGUAAGAAAAGGAGCGAGAGUGAUAUUGGGAUGCAGGAAUAUUCCAAAGGCCACGAGAGUUGCAGAGGACAUACGAAACACGACUGGGAACAAUGAUGUCCACGUGAAGCAGGUGGACACUUCGUCACUCGCUUCCGUCCGAAAGUUUGCGAAUGAAAUCUUGGCUGAGGAGAAAAGGAUUGACGUACUGAUCCUGAACGCCGGAAUAGCUGGCUUGGACAAGCGUAUAUUGACAGACGACGGGCUGGAAUACACAAUGGCUACAAAUCACUUCGGUCACUUUCUCCUAACUAAUAUUUUGCUCGGUCUGGUAAAGAAGAGUAGACCAAGUCGCAUAGUCGUGGUGGCUUCCACUGCACUGAAUUCUACCUUGAAUGUGGACAAUCUGAACUUCGAGAAAGGAGGCUUCCAAUCCUUCAGAUCCUACGUCCAGUCGAAGUCAUGCAAUGUCCUCUUUACUCGCCGACUAGCCGACCUCACCAGAGAUGAAGGGGUCGUCGUGAAUUGUCUUGACCCGGGAUUCGUGCACACCGAAAUCUUUGACAAGUCAGGAGGGUUCAUGGUAGGGACGGUCGUCAGGUUGGGUGUUCCCUUCAUGGGGAGAACUGAGGUCCAGGGGGCACAGACUGUUGUAUACGUAGCAGCCUCCGAGGAAGGUGGGACCACCACUGGAAAGUACUUCGAGGAGUGCAAGGUCUCUUCUACGGCAGACGCCCUUCUCAACAACGAAGAGUUAGCAAAGCAGGUUUGGGAAGCCAGCGAGAGAUUGGUAGGUCUACAGCCAGAUGAGAAGCACUACUAAUCACCAAUGAGAGAGAGAGAGAGAGAGAGAGAGAGAGAGAGAGAGAGAGAGAGAGAGAGUAAUCAAAUAUGAAGCUAAAAUUCAAAUGCAUAAUAAUAGACAUCGCUAUGGUCUGGCACCGUCUACAUCGGUCUAGGAUCCAAUAAGGUAUAGAAAACCGAGACCGGAAUGGUUUAGCAGAAAAUGGAUAUAUUGGAUAACUAGGUUAAUUUUUAAUGAAAGUUUGAAUGUUACUAUUCUACUUAGAUUUGUUCUUCGUUCAUUAUUGGAAUGUAGUUAAGGCUUUAUUCUUAAGUAUAAGUAUUCUGACACACUACGAAAAUAGCACUACAGCCGAAGAUCUCUGUCACAGCCUGAAAUUGUUCCGUGACCUGUAAAAUAUACUUUUAAAAAACUUGGCCUUA